CCCAGGAGAAGCUUUGUUUUGUGUUUUCUUCUUUUUAAACUUUGCGGUGUUCGAAUGUUUGCUGUAGUAACAUGCUCUUUGUUUCAUCCACGUCUCCAGAGUCCAGCUUAGUGGACUGGGAUAUGAAGAGUUUUUUUGUGAGCUGUUUGGGACCAGCUUAGCUUUCCCCAUUCACCUAGCCUAGGCGUUUAUAUGGUGUGGCCUGGAAAUCAAGGCGAGUUAUUUUAGCCGUAUGCCUGGUUCUGGUCAUUGUAUGAACUGCAGAGACAGCUUCUGUGGAUGCAAUUAAAUGCUUCCUUCUGCUCAUUUAAUUGGGGUGAAAAUGACAACUCCGAAUGAGUUGAGGUGAAAAUGAGUACAGCUGGAUGGGUACGUACAAGAUUGCUUAAUAUAGCAUGUAAGUGCUGAUUUUGUGUGCGCAUCAGUUUUAAGACUGCUCAGUAAAUAUUAUCCAGGAUAUAAUGUAAAGCUUUCUGUUAAGCUGUGGUUAAAUAUUCAGAAAAGAUAGUGUUGCCUCCUCAGUUUAGAAAUGGACAGCACUACCAAAGUGCAGACUGAAAAGUGGUCCUUGUCCAGCAAGUGACCAGGUCUAAAUGUCAGGUAGGAGCCAACAAACAGGUGGUGGAUGCUAGGGAAAAGAUUAAUUCAUUAGCUGAGGUGGAAAGGAAGUUCAGAAACUGCUUUAUUGCUGGCUGUUAGGCACGGCCAGGUUUUGUCUGUGAGGGUCUUCUGGAAAAGCAGGUCUGAGACUGAUCUGGACUCAGGCAUUAGGAAAGUAUUAAAAGAAGUGGGGAAAACUCUUCUGAAAACUGAGGUAGGAGGAGGCAGAGGAUGACAAAACUGGUAAAGUGGAGUUUUCAUGGUCUUUCUGAAGCUGUGCCAUGCACCUUACUGGAAUUAACCAUGUACUUCUUAGGAACCAGUUUUGGAGAACUAGAAAAGGGAAAUUCUGGUUCAUGCCACCUUUGAUUUUAUGUCUUGUAAAUCAUUGCAUCAGAGAAAACUUGAUUGGUGACAUCAGGUGUUCUGUAGAGCUUCUUCUGGAGCCUGAUCUAUUUUUUACUUGACAGUGAUGGAGAAAUGGUGGAUUCUCUAUCCAUGGUAGAUAUAAUAGUAAAGUCCUGGGCAGAGUUUAGGCGUUUUUUUUGCAGGAGAUAUUAUAUUUGUCUUUUGCUUUUAAUUGUGGUAUGUGUUUGGUUUUUAAUACAGAUAUGUUGCAUUACCUUCCCAGCUGUGUUCAGUAUCCUGCAUACUGUGAGCCUGUUACGUACUUUACUUAUGGCAACUUCCUUUGGAGGAAGUUGUAGCCCAUCCUGCUGUAGGCUUGGAAGUGUAUGCAGAAUACUUCUGUGGAAACAACUAAUUAGAAAUAUUCACAAUAUAUUCAAGAAAUAUAUUUGGCAAUAAUGAACCAAAUGGACAAAAAUCAACAGGAAGUCCCGUCAUACCUUCAUGAUGAACCACCAGAAGGGUCACUCAAAGACCACCCGCAGCAGCAGGCUGGCAUGCUUUCUCGUGUGACUGGUGGCCUCUUCAGUGUCACAAAGGGAGCUGUUGGUGCCACGAUUGGGGGUGUUGCUUGGAUUGGAGGGAAGAGCUUGGAAAUUACCAAAACAGCAGUCACAUCUGUGCCUUCCGUGGGAGUGGGUCUAGUGAAAGGAAGUGUUUCUGCUGUAGCUGGAGGCGUUACAGCUGUAGGAUCUGCUGUUGCAAGUAAAGUGCCUUUAACAGGAAAGAAAAAGGACAAGUCCGACUAAAACCAAAACUGAGACAUACUCAAUUCUCCAGAAUAUUGCAUCAGUGGCAUUAAAAUCUGCUAAGAUUGGGACCAUGAGAAGCCAUGUGUCUUAGACACUUUAUCUUCUAACGAGUUGUGCAAGUAACUCGAUUUCAUCUGAAAAGGACAGAAGAAGCUUGGCUAGCACAGCGUAUGAGGAUUUAUUAGAGCCUAGAUUGAAGCUUUGUAUCUGGUGAAAUGUUACACUUGAUAACUAUAGAAGUGAGUGUAUCUGAAGGAAUAAUACGUAUUUGAAUAGUUAUUUACUGUACAUCUGCAGUUUUGGACUAAAAUGUGAAUGUAGAAACUCGGUAGUCUCUGUGAUGCCAUUGAUACAACAAGAUGCCAAUUACUGUUCUCAGUGGUUUCCACAUCCUCCUGCUAAGGAUCCUUCAGCUGUGUAAAAGAACUGUUGGACAUACCCAGUCUUGGUUAUGAACCUGUAUUUGCAGGCAGCCUGUAAACUAUCCCUGACUGCAUUCUGCCAGUGAAGACUGGAGCACAGACUGGAGGUGUGCAGGAAUUGGAAAUGAGAAUGGGAGAUAGAAGUGUAAAAGUUUAACAGCAUGGUAGAAAGGCUCAGAAAGAGUGAACUAUCUUAAUGCCUUACUGGAAUAAAAUCUUUUUACUAGGUGAAGCUGUGUAAAGAACUGUCCUGACAUUUCAGUACAGUUCACAGAAUGAGCCUUAGGCUCUUUAUAAAUCCUUAUAUCUGAAACUUUGUCAGUUUUUACUGAAAACGUGAUUGCUUCAUCUCAGGUGUAUUUAAUAAUAUGCAUCUAUCUCCUACAAGUGAGACCUUGCUUCUAAUGAACUUCUUAUAGAUGCUAGAAAAAAAUGACAGCCUGUGGAAACUGGGCUGGUGUUUGUGGUCAUCUAGCACAGCUGUCUAACUUGCUAGGAAUUCUUGUGUAGCUGGAAACCACUGAAGAACUAGCAAAGCUGUUCUCUCAACUCCGUGACACACCAGGUUAGCUUUUCGCUCUGUUUAGGCAAAUGCAAGGAAAUUUUCACUACAUUUCUUGUACUUUCCACUUUGAUUUUUGAGUAAAAUGCAAUACUUGUAUUUAAAACAAACCAAAAACAGUAGAUGAGGCCUUAAAAAAAAAGAAACAUGAUUCAAGUAAUUUGUAUACUGACAGAUUCCAAAUGUUGACACCUCAGAUGGGAAUACCUGUACAUCCUCUGCAGCAUGUGAGGCAAAAUGCACUUGUAAUGGCACAACGCAAGGUUGCCUUAAAAUAGAAACCAUUUGUCAUCUUUUAUUUGUGUACUGAUUUUGCAAGUAUGUCACCUCUUUAGAAGCCCAUGGAAGGCAUCUGUUCAUGUUGUGUAUGUAGUAUUUUCUAAAAACUUGUGUUUCUAUGGAGAACUUGUACGCUUACCUUUUUCAGUGGCUGUGGUUGUACUAGAAGGUUAUAUGAGGGGGACUUCUUAUAAAUGAAAAAAAAACCUGAAACAUAUCACUUGUCAAACUUAAUCCUCUGUUCAUGGGUGUUGAAAGUACACCAUGUCUCAAUUAUGGUACUGUAGUCACCCAAUCUCCUGAGCCAUUGGUACUUCAACAGCAAAAAUCCAAGAAAUGGUGCCUGCUCCUUCUGUUAGAUGCACCAGCUGCUUGGUUCUGAUCUGCUGCAAGGGUGUAAUGAGGUAAGUUGAUGCAACAAAUAGAAGACUUUUAACUAUUUUUUUUAAAGUCAAAAGCAAAUUGCAUAGAAUAUAGUAUUGUUAGAGGUACCAGUUAGCUCUAGAUGUGAGCUAGCCUGCAUAUCAGAGGCAAUUUUGCUGCAGCAUAUAAUAUAGUAUAGUUUGCUCCCGUGCAAUUUCCAAUGUAGCAGUAUUCCCCAAGUGCUGCCACUGAACUCUUUUUUUAAAAGAGUCACCUGUUUGGAGCACAGUGAUCAUCUGUGACAGCCAAACUCUUCCUAUUAGUUUUUCUGUAAAUGCUGAACUGGUCAUAUCCAUGUUUUUUACUAAAUUAUUUUAUUUUAAACUUUGAAACUUGGAGCAAAACAAGUGUGGUCUGAGAUAAGCAAUGUUAGGUAUGUAAAGAGUUGCCAACACUUCAUUAUAUUUUGUUCUUAACAUAACCUGUAGCUAUUAUUUUGAGUCUUGUAACUGAACAUGGCAUAUGGUUUUAGUUUUCAAAGAGCUUAGCUUUGUCCUAUAUCCUAUGUGUUUUCCAUUCACUUAUGAAACUUGCUUCAUCUUGAAAACUUGUUCCAGUUCUGUCCUGGCACCUGUGAAACAUUAAAUUGUUGCUGUUUCAGACAUUUGAAAGCUUCCUUAGUUUAUAAAUCUAAGUUUAUACCUUAGGUAUAAAUCUUCCCACAG